AUGCAUCAAAACGACACCUUAUAUUGCAAUGUGAGAAUUUAUUUCCAGUUUUGUGCCUCUGUCAGGAGUGUUCUAAUAACGCCCGGACUGACUAUAAACUUGCUGAUCCUCAUAUCUGUCUUCAUGUGUCUAAACAGCAGGAAGAAUUGCAUUAAAACCAGCAUUGUGGCCUAUGUGGUGGGCAGCACAGCUUUCAACAUAAUCAAUUUACUUUCUUGGCCCCUGAUGAUUGACUGGAGGAUUUACGAGAAGUGGCGUUUUAGUUCUACCAUCUGUGAGCUAAUGGUCUAUAUCAAGCAAAUAGCAAGUACCAUUUCUUUCUAUUAUGUCUCAUGUAUUUCAUUUUCCAUCUACAUAGCAAUAGUAUUUGGAUAUAAAAUAGAUGAGCACAGAUUAUUCACAUUUUUCCAAUUGUUCUUUCCAUGUUUUGUGCUUAUGAGUGAAGAACUGCUAGAACAUCUUCUUGGCUGGAAGGACUCUCAUUAUGACUUUGUAUAUGAAACAUGCUUCACCAUCAUUAAUGACCAAACCAUGAAGAUCAGAAUGCUUUUUAAGAUCCUGCUUGGACUUCCUCUAACUGCAUAUUUUUACCUUCACAUAUUACUCACCAUCUUCAAGAGCGCCCAGUUAAUGAAAAGGAGUCAGGCAACAAACAAAAAGCUGGCUAAAAUGUUUUCAUCUAUCUGUCUUAUAACCUUCAUUGCCCAUAUACCUGGAGGAAUACUGCCCAUCAUUGCAGACAAAAACAUCUGUUUGGAAACGGCAACUGAGUUUUUAUUUGAUCUCCCUAUCUUCACCAAUCCCAUCAUCCUCUUCUGCAUGAACAAGGAGCUUCGAAUUCAGUGCAAGAAGCUGAUGGGCAGACGCUCGAGGGCCAGUUCCAGCUCACAAAGCACUGAUUUGGUUGCCACAGCAGACGACAAUCAGGGAAUGCCUAGUAGUUCUGAGUCAAAACUGGAAUCCGAUUCUAGUGCUUACUAA